CGGCCGUGGGCUCUUUCCGCCGGGCCGGGAGAGAACGGCUCUGGUGCUCCCGCGUGGCUUGGCCGUGCCCGCGCACGUUCGCUGGGCUCCGUCAGCCGCCGCUCUGGGCCGUGCCCCGGGGAAUCGCUCCUGCUGCGCGGCUGAAGCCGCGGGUGGUGUCCGCCCAGUGUGCGUGUAAGCACUGUUUGCUUACCGUCCCUCAUUGUCUAGGACUGAAGAGUAUUCCCGUGUCUUUCUCUUUUUAAUGGUCUACACGAAAGUGCCAUUGAAAGUGGAAUUCCCUAGUCCAUUGAGCAGGGAUCCAGGGACUAAAGACAGCUAUUUGAAGAGAAGGAAGGUAACUAGGGCAGAGAUUAUGAUUUAGAAGUAUGUGGUACUGUACUUUUCGUGUUGAUUUUAGCUAUCCUACACCUUGAUAAAUAGCUUUUUGUUGUUGUUUUUACCUCAUACCAUGUAUUUCACAGAAACAGCUAUUUCCAUGUACUUCUGUUAUGGGGAGGAAAAACGUCUGCUGGCGAUUUCCUUCUCAAGUAGCUGAUGCAAUUCUAGGACAUAAGAGCUGUGGAUAACUUUCCUGGUUUAUAUCCCACAGUCUUUGCGGGCAGGACAGUGCUAACAGAAGUGCAUUCAAAUAAUUUUGUGUGCAGUUAGUGCAGUAUCUUUGUGGUCAUUGAAUGGAAACUUGUCUUAGUUUACGCUUCAGAUUUACAUCUUAGUCCUCAUUCCUAUUGAUCUACAGGAUACUGGGAAGAGGGGUGGGAGUAGAAGGGAGAAAUGCCAGCUGAUAAUUGCCUAGGAAAAGCAAAUCAGUUGUGGGUCAUGAAUUUGCUAUGCAGAACUCUGGUCUUCAUCUGGAGUAUUUCUAGAACAUUUGCGAACAGAAGAAUUUUGGAGAAACAAAACACUGCUUUGGCCUCUGGGGCAUUUAAGUUAUUCACGCUAAAUUUGCAUGAAAUUCAGCCUGACUAAUACCAGUUUUGAUUCUGUGUGCAUUACGUUGUAUUUUUAGGGUAUCCAUUCUAUGUUUGCGACUGGAACUUCCUUCCUAAGUCCGCUGUAUUUACUGUUGAGUAUUACAAUAUACUUAGGUGUUAGCUCAAUAAUUUUUUUAUCAGUCUGGUCUGUACAAUUCAUUUGACUUUUGCAACAGCUGUCCUAAAUCUUUAAGCAAGAUUAAAGCUCUAGUGCUUUUGAGUAUUUUCUUCCUAUUUUUAAUUCCUACCUGAAGCCAUACUUGAGAAUCUUGGGAACAGAGUGGGGUGGAGAGCUUGGAAACAUAGCAUUAAUGUGUUUUUCUGUGGUACUGGGCUAAGGUAGUAUGGACAAGUUACAUAUGUUUUUGAUUUCUGAAGGUCACCUCUCAUCCCUCCCUCUGCGUAUUCUCUGAAACAGUCUUUAUCCUCAGGAGCCACUAUGAACAGAUACACAACCAGCUAAGAUGUAGGAAGGGACAUUAAAAAUACCAAAGCAGGCUUUUGCAUCUGGACAGAAUUGAAACGCAAUUAUACGAGGUAAACAUGCUGUAAACCAUGUUUCUUGAUGGACAAGUAAAUUGAGUCCCUUCUGAUCUGUAACAAGUUGCUGUGCAUGGACACAUCAGUGCGUUUUAGCUGAAGAAUCCGUCAUUAAUUGUUCACAAUAACAGAAAUCAGGGCCAUUGUAAUAUGUUUCAUUUAUAAAAUCUGUAUUGAAACUGGGAAUUAAUUUUUAGUUUUGGUUAAAUUCCUGGUAUGUUUUAGUGGUCAGACCUUCUUUGGCAGUAUUAGUUGUUUAAACCGUUUUCUGCAGUUAAGAAACUAAUAUGAUUGAAUCCUGUGUUGUUUUACAGAAUUUAAUUAUUAUAGGCUUCUUCCAAAGUUUUUUGAAGAAAUGGAACAUUUUGUAUUCUUCUGUGGUUUAUGAAGAGCAAAGAUCUGUCAUGAUUAAACACUGACUGUUGUCUGGCUGUACGGUACAGAAACUAGUAGUAAGGGUUAAGAAUGAGUUGUGUAAAAAUUAUGAGAAGCACAAUUCUCGUGUUAGUAAUAACACUAGCUUAGAUUAUGAAAACAGAGUCUGUUUCUGAGAGCAGACAGAUCAGAGCCUUUCGGGAACUAGUCUUAGGGUUAGUUGCCUGAGUGAUCUAGUAGUCUUCCUGUGAAAGGAAUUCCUUCAGUACUUUGAGGCCUUUAGAAAUUGGCAUCAUAGACUUAAGCAAAAGGAGCAAGCAGCAUGGAGUAAUUCAUGUAGUUAGUUGUUCAGUGCUUGCUGUUUUCUUCCUGAAAUAGGUAUACUGGUCAUUCACAGUAGUUGUGUUUUGAUUUUUCUAUUUCUCUACUAUUUUGGCAAUACGUGCUAACACUAGUUGUGUUAUAGUGAGCAGCCCUGACCCAAAAUGCGGAGUUGAAAUGGUGAGACUCUAAUAACACUUUAAGCAGUGAUUAAACAAGGGUUUUUUAUGUAGCUGAUGUUGAAUGAUGCUAUUUAUUAAUGAUUUAUUUAGAAGAAGGAAGGAGUGGAAUAGAAUUUUAGACUUGACAAUGUCAGUCAGGUUUAUAAUAUUUUCAACCCUUACAGGAGAAAAGCCCCAGCCAGUGUGAAGAUGUCAAAAGACAUGAGUAUAUAUGGACACUUCUAACUUAGAAGUUUUGUGACCAUCCUAGUCAUGGGGCUUUGGAGUGGGGGAGAGAAAGCUAUCUUUUUGUAUGGUAAACAUUACCAAAUGAGGAGAAAAGGAAGAUGCCAUCGAGUAUCGGCAGCAAGGCAUUCUUCUUCCCCAUGCAGUAUUAAGCACUCCCCGACACGAGAAACCUUGACAUACGCUCAAGCUCAAAGGAUGGUUGAAAUAGAAAUUGAAGGUCGCCUGCAUAGGAUCAGUAUCUUUGAUCCUUUAGAAAUUAUAUUAGAAGAUGAUCUUACUGCCCAGGAGAUGAGUGAAUGCAACAGCAAUAAAGAAAAUAGUGAAAGACCACCAGUUUGUCUAAGAAGCAAACGCCAUAAAAAUAACAAAGUGAAAAAGAAAAAUGAAGCUCUUCCGAGCUCACAUGGUGUACCUGCUACAACAGCUCCUCUUCCAGAACCAAAAGUACGGAUUGUCGAAUACAGUCCCCCUUCGGCUCCUCGGAGACCUCCCAUUUAUUACAAAUUCAUUGAGAAGUCAGCAGAAGAACUUGAUAAUGAAGUUGAGUAUGACAUGGAUGAAGAAGAUUAUGCGUGGUUAGAAUUGAUAAAUGAUAAACGGAAAAGUGAUGGAGUGUCAGUUGUUUCCCAAAAUAUGUUUGAAUUCCUUAUGGAUAGGUUUGAAAAAGAGUCUUAUUGUGAGAACCAAAAACAGGGUGAUCAUCAGUCUUUAAUUGAUGAAGAUGCAGUGUGUUGUAUAUGCAUGGAUGGUGAAUGUCAGAAUAGCAAUGUGAUCCUGUUUUGUGAUAUGUGUAAUUUAGCAGUACAUCAGGAAUGCUAUGGGGUGCCAUAUAUACCCGAGGGCCAGUGGCUCUGCAGACACUGUUUGCAGUCCCGCUCUCGGCCUGUAGACUGUGUGCUGUGCCCAAACAAGGGAGGUGCCUUUAAAAAGACAGAUGAUGAUCGUUGGGGACACGUAGUGUGUGCUCUAUGGAUUCCAGAAGUUGGAUUUGCCAAUACGGUUUUUAUUGAGCCAAUUGAUGGUGUCAGGAACAUUCCCCCAGCCAGAUGGAAGUUAACAUGCUACCUCUGUAAACAGAAAGGUGUUGGUGCCUGCAUCCAGUGCCACAAAGCAAACUGCUAUACUGCAUUCCAUGUGACGUGUGCUCAAAAGGCUGGUCUAUAUAUGAAAAUGGAACCUGUGAAAGAACUAACUGGCAGUGGAACAACGUUCUCUGUGAAAAAGACUGCCUAUUGCGAUGUACAUACUCCACCAGGUUGCACACGGAGACCGCUCAAUAUUUAUGGAGAAGCUGAAAUCAAAAACGGUGUUUGUAGAAAGGAGGGAUCAGUCAGAACUGCUAGGUCUACAUCAAAAAUCAGGAAAAAGACAAAAAAAGCCAAGAAAGCAGUGGCUGAACCCUGUACAGUUAUGCCAACAGUAUCUGCUCCUUAUAUCCCCCCUCAGAGAUUAAAUAAGAUUAUGAAUCAGGUGGCCAUUCAGCGAAAGAAGCAUUUUGUUGAACGGGUGCACAGUUACUGGUUGCUUAAAAGACUGUCUAGGAAUGGUGUUCCACUCUUGAGAAGGCUGCAAUCCAGUUUACAGUCACAAAGAAACACACAACAGAGAGAAGAUGAUGAAGAAAUGCAAGCCUUAAAAGAAAAAUUGAAGUACUGGCAAAGGCUGCGCCAUGAUCUUGAAAGAGCACGUUUAUUGAUAGAACUUAUACGUAAGCGUGAAAAAUUAAAAAGAGAGCAGGUCAAGCUUGAGCAGGUUACUAUGGAACUUCAGCUUAUUCCAUUCACUGUACUUCUGCGAUCGGUUCUGGAUCAGCUGCAGGAAAAGGAUUCUGCUCGUAUAUUUGCUCAGCCAGUGAACCUUAAAGAGGUUCCAGACUAUUUGGAUCAUAUUAAACAUCCUAUGGAUUUCUCUACCAUGCGGAAACGGUUAGAAGCUCAAGGCUAUAAAAACCUCUCUGAGUUUGAAGAAGACUUCAAUCUGAUCAUAGAUAACUGUAUGAAAUACAAUGCAAAAGAUACAAUAUUUUAUAGAGCUGCAGUGCGGUUAAGAGAUCAAGGAGGUGUAGUUCUCAGGCAAGCCAGGCGAGAUGCUGAAGGAAUUGGUUAUAACAAUGAAACUGGAAUGCACUUACCAGAACGGCCUAAACUUGAGUCACCACAGCCUUUCUCUUGGGAAGAUGUGGAUAGGUUACUGAAUCCUGCAAACAGAGCACAUAUGUCCCUGGAAGAACAGCUGAGAGAGCUGCUAGAAAAACUUGAUCUCACCUGUGCAAUGAAAUCCAGUGGGUCAAGGAGCAAAAGAGCAAAGCUGUUAAAGAAAGAAAUCAGCAUUAUUCGCAACAAACUCAGUCAGCAACACAACCAAGCUCCUCAAAUAGAGUCAGGUAUUGGAAGUUUCGAGGAAGAAAGUGCAGCAUUAGAACAAGAUGGAGAAGAAGAAGGAGAUAAAUCUCCCCCUAAACUUGAACCAUCAGAUGCAUUACCUCUUCCUUCAAACUUGGAGACUAAUUCAGAACCACCAACCCUCAAACCAGUAGAACUCAAUCCAGAGCAGAGUAAGCUUUACAAAAGAGUAAAAUUUGAUAAUGAAUUAUAUAGCACUUCCAUUCAGAAAGAAAUAAAUGGACACACUCCAGAACACUUACUUGACAGUAAUCUCAAUGAGUCGACUGUUUCUGCUGUAGCUGAGUCAUCAACUGAUGUAAACAGACGUACUUCCAUUCUCUUCUGCAAAUCGAAAAGUAUAAGCCCCCAAAAGUCUGCAAAGAACACUGAAACCCAGCCAACUUCUCCACAGCUAGGGACCAAAACCUUUUUGUCUGUAGUCCUUCCAAGGUUGGAGACACUUCUGCACCCAAGGAAAAGAUCAAGGAGUGCAUGUGGAGAUUCUGAGGUUGAUGAUGAGUCCCCUGUAAAGCGCUUGGAUACAGGUCUAUCAAAUGGUUUUGGAGAUGAAAGCAAAGAGAGAGCAUUAGAUGAUACUCCAGGAAGAAAAGUUGAACCUCGUCGCCGCUGUGCAUCAGAAUCUAGUAUUUCAUCUAGUAACAGUCUCUUGUGUAACUCAAGUUUUAGUCUGCCGAAGUGUGGUAAAGGUAAACCUGCCCUGAUACGGAGACAUACACUGGAAGAUCGAAGUGAGCUGAUAUCAUGCAUUGAAAAUGGAAACUAUGCCAAAGCAGCAAGAAUUGCAGCUGAAGUUGGGCAUAGCAGUAUGUGGAUUUCAACUGAUGCUGCAACAUCUGUUCUUGAGCCUCUAAAAGUAGUAUGGGCCAAAUGCAGUGGAUAUCCCUCUUACCCAGCUCUGAUUAUUGACCCCAAGAUGCCUCGUGUUGCUGGCCAUCACAAUGGUGUUACUAUACCAGUGCCACCUCUAGAUGUACUGAAAAUUGGAGAACAAAUGCAGACCAAAUCAGAUGAGAAACUAUUCUUAGUACUAUUUUUUGACAACAAAAGAAGUUGGCAGUGGCUUCCCAAAUCCAAAAUGGUUCCCCUUGGGAUAGAUGAGACCAUAGACAAGUUAAAAAUGAUGGAAGGACGUAAUUCAAGCAUACGAAAAGCAGUAAGAAUUGCUUUUGAUCGUGCUAUGAAUCACCUGAGUCGGGUCCAUGGAGAACCAGUCAGUGACUUCAGUGAUAUUGACUAACAGAGAUUUUCUAGCAAGGCAUGAAAAAUACCACAGAGACUUGAAGUCUACUAAUGAACCUCUUUGUCUAAAAGAAUGUAUUGAAGAUACAACCCCUUAAUUGUUGAUUCAGUGGCUGAGUUCUGCAAACUUGAAAUAGUUGAGCAAUUCUUCUAAAUCACCAUUGCCAUAUUGAUUAAUUAUUUUAUUGUGUUGUAGAUUGGAGGAUUUUCCACUAAACCUGUUAAAAUGUCUUGUUCAUAGUGUUCAUAAUUGUACAUAAAUGUAUAUUCAACACUUAACUUAUUCUGAUUUUAGAAGUAGCUCCUUAAUUCCUUUUAUAAUUUUGUUGGGGAGGGAACUGGUUUUUGUUUUUUCCAUGCUUUUUACUUUUUUUUUUCUUUUUUUCUGAGGUUAAGUUACCUAAGCACCAUCUUUCAGCUUAAGGUGUUUAGUGGAUCGUAAAGCCUAAUAUCAAAAUGGCAUCAAAUAUAUGUUUGCCUAAAUCAUAUACAGUAUGGUGCUGCUUGUAUAAUUUCUUCCUUGGUCUGUAGCUUCUGAAAAAGACUUCUGAAUGUUUGUGUAAGUUGUUGCUCUUUGCACAAAGUACCACAUAUUUAAGAUUGAUGUAAAUUUACAAUUACAAAUAUGUAUUUUAAGAAAGGAAAUUGCAUUAUUUUGGAGGGUACUUUGUGAGAAAGACAUCAAUAAAAAUUAUACUAUGUACAUCACUUGCAAAUCACCAAAAACACUCCAUUGUUGCCCAAAAUGACUUAAGGUUGUUACUGUGUUAAACAAAUCUGGCUUAAAGCCUGCAAGCAUAUGAUUUCUUUCAAAACCAUAUCCCAUUUAUCUCCCAUUGGUUUAAUUUUGUUGAUGUGUGUGCCUCCCUGUGUUUUAUUUAUUGUAGAAAAUGUAUUAAUUUGCUUUAUAAUGAAAAAUAAAACUGACAAAUAUAUUGAUAUGCAUUUUUAUACAGGCACAUGAGAAGACAAUUUGCUUUGGGAGAAAAAUGUAUUGGAAAUUGUAUAAAAUAAGUCGAUGGUUUGUGUGUAAUUUGGUUUUUUGGUAACUUGUAAUCUUUUGUUUCCAAUGAGGGGAUUUAUGUAACUUUUAAUUUAGAACACUUUGGUAGCAAUAGAAACUUUGGAUACAUUUUUGUAUGGUACAUGUGAUGUAUAUAGAAUUAGUACUUUAUUUUUAUUUUUAAGAAGUAAAGCAUUAUGUUUGGGCAGGGGGAAGAAGGAGGGUGGGUUUCCAGAACUGCAUUUUUAUAUUAAAAAGAAAAAAAAAUAAAGUCAAGAUAUUGAUUGUUGUAGCUACUUUAUUCCUACCUUCACUGAGAUACUGAAUUUGUAACAAUGAAAUGGCAAGGUAUGUUUGCAAUGUGAUUUAUAAUGGCUCCAUUAUUUAUAAAUGCACUGUGUUUGAACUCUUUUGCAGUGAUAUCGUAAAUACUGUACCAAGUUAUAUAAUAUGAAACACCAAAUAAUGCAUAUGAAUGCACGAAGUAUUUAUGCCCAGCUUUUUUAUAAAGGAUUAGCAAAUACAGCAAAACCAAUACUUUUUAAAUCUUUUUUUUAAAACUUCAUUGAAUAGCAUACUUCAUUGUUAAACCUGCUUGAAUCUUUAUUUUAAAGGGACAAUUACUUUUUAAAUAGUUUUUAAUGUUUUUAUUCUCUAUUGUUUGUAAUACCCCCGUAGAAGCUUGAAAUAAAAUUUCUUUCUCAACUGUAAA